AUGGGGCCCGGAUGGACAGUUGCAUUUCAUUGGGAAGAUGAACGCUGGCCAGAUCAAGAUCUGCGGACAGUGGCUGGAGCUCUCGGAGAUCGAAGUGGCCAAACCGACUUGGCCAACGAUGCCGUCAUCGUCCAUCUCAAGUCCCACAAAGGCAAAGACAAUCUGCUCAUUGCAUACACUGUCACUGCUGCACCAACAUCGGCCUUGCAAUCUCAUUCCCUCUUACCACGACUCCUCAAGUUGCUGCACAAGAGUCUUCCGCCGUAUAUGAUUCUCCAUCUCGUGUGCUGGAUCCCAACUCUUCCUCUGAUGCCUAACGGCAAGGUGGACCACCAUCAGCUCCGAGCCCGUGCUGCAACCAACAUUGAUAGCAUGCUGAACAAUGACGCAGAGGAAGACGGAUCAGGCGAGCCUGAAGAUGAGGUCAAGAAACAGCUCUGUAGGAUCAUGGAAGCCCUUCUUGGUUGCACAUCUAUUCGUCAGUUCACGAACUUCUUUGAUGUGGGCGGCCAUUCACUCCUUGCCUCCCGUUUGGUCUUCCGAAUGCAAGAAGCUUUCAACAUCCCGUUCGCUCUAAUGGAUGUGUUCCACUCGCCUGUAGGCAAGGCAAUGGCAGGCAAGAUCAGGCAGGCAAUUGCCACUAGGCCAGUUGAUCAAAUAUCGAUGACACCUCUGACACUUGCCCUGGUAUACGAGGAGUUCCACGUACCCUCUGUGCUUGUCUCUUUUGAGGAGCCUCGCAAGCCAUUUUUGUUCUGCAUUCUCAUGGCCACUGGUCUCGGCCACACAUUCACUGCGCUGUCUCGCUCCACCAACUUGUUCAAUGUCAUAGCUCUCAAUGACCCUGGGUAUGUCACGCCCGAUGACUUCCCUCAAGACCAGGUGUCCACAGAUCACGCCAACACCUUGUGCAAUCCAGGCAUCCACACCGUCGAAAACCAUGCCAAGUACUACUAUGCGCAUAUUGUCGAGGAGCUGGCCCGCAUUGGUACUACCGAGCCCGACGCUGCACCAUUUAACAUCUUAGGCUACUCCUACAGUGGACAUGUCGCAGUCGAGAUGGCGCGCCUCACGCAGGAUGAGGGCUGGACCAUCAACCUCUUCGUACUUCACACGUCGGUGCACCCGAUGCAUGAGGCCAAGCUGCUGCAGACACAGAUUGAAGAGGCUGCGCAUGUUGUCCUACUGACUGUGAUGAGCAUCAUCAAGCUGCCGCUCAGCAACAUGGGAGAGCAAGGUGCACGUUUGAAGCACAACAUCGAGGUCUGCACCCUCACCAACAUUUAUACACUCUAUGCGCAUGUGAUGCCGCAGUACAAGGGGCAUGUCAUGCUGUUCCGCACAGAGUCGAAUUCUGGCCACGGCUUCGUCCCGCUCAUUGGCUCAUUGGACGAGGUUUUCUUGCACGGGAACCACUACCACCUAUUCCAAGAAGAAUCUGGGAAUCUGUCCAUGAUUAGUGCUAAAGUUUCUGCAGUCCUCAAUGCAUAG